UCAAAUUUUCUGAUUUCCACAAAUCGCGUACAACAAGCAAGAGUGUGAGUGCUUCAUACACACACGCUCUCUCUCAUUCCCUCUCUCACUGGAUUUUCUUCCUGGAUGAAGAAAAUGAAUCGAAUCGCUAGAGGACAGUCCGCAAUAGUGGCAGAUCGAAAAUCGUAAAUCUGAAAGAAAGAAAAAGAACAAACGGCGACGACAUCCGCUGUCAGUGUGUGGUCAGUCAGUCGCAGUCUGUGUGUGCGAACGUGCGUGUGUGUGUGUGUGUAUUGUGCUUUUCUAACAAGCAAACGAGCUCCUCCAACACACACCGAUGAUCGGUCGCUGGCCGGUUUACAGCGUUUUGAAUAAAAAAAAAAACCGAGCGAGAUAGUGAAAAGAAGGUUUAUGCUUACACGCUCCCUCGCGCGUGCCAGUGCGUGUGUGUGUGUAGCUGUGAUUGUGUGCGGUAGAAAAUGGUACCGAAAGUGUUGAUUCCCGUACGGCUGCCGGUGCUUUACGCUGCCCAUCGCAACGAGGAAAGUGCAGAAAAAGGAAUGAAAAGCGUGUGAAACAACCCCCGCCCCCCUCCCUGCGGUGCUCUCGAUUGUGUUCUGUGCGUGAGUGUGUCUGUGAGAAAAGGCGUCGCUCACGCAUUGUGCGUGGUGUGAGGUUCGUCGAGUUGCACGCGUUUUUUUGUUGUUUGUUCCUGCAAGCAGAGAGCGGCGCACUGAGCGGCACAAAGCAGCAAGAGAGUGAGAGUGUGCGUGCGCGCGCGCGUGUGUGUGUGUGCGUCAACCGCCUCUGUGUUCUCAUGGUUUUUUUCUUCUAUUAAUGUGAAAAGCAAUCCAAGUACGCACAGAUUCCUUGUCGAGUGUAUGGGCCAGAAUAGUCCAUAAAUCUUGAAACUUGAAGAAUCUCGCCAGCUUUGACCGAUAAGAAAAAAAAACGUUCCUGCCUGUUUGUGUGGCAGUAACGAAACCGCCGCACGCCAAAAAAAAAAAAUCCGAAACGCCAAAAACGGCCCCAACAUCAUGUCCAGCUGGGCCCAGCGGAUGCACCGCCGGGCGGCAACGUUCGGCAGCGUGGUGACGUCCUGCGGCCAUCCCGGCACGCCGUACCCGCACCGGCUGGAGAAGGUAAAGUUUGGCGUGCCGCUGGAGGAGGUGUGCAAGAAUGAUAUCCCCGGGCCGCUGCUGGUGCUGAUCCUGAAGCUGAACAAGGAGGCCCCGUGCCGGAAGGAUGUGUUCCGGGCGCCCGGCAAUCAGGGCGCGAUGAAGAAGCUGAUCCACUUCCUGCAGCAGGGCCGGCUGGUGAACGUGGACAACUACUCGGUGUACACGAUCGCGAGCGUGCUGAAGAAGUUCCUGCGCAAGAUCCCGGGCGGCGUGUUUGGGCGCGAUGGCGAGGCGGAGCUGUUCCAGAUCGUCGAUCUGGACGACGAGGCACAGCAGCAGGAGAAGAUUCACAGACUACUUAUGUCACUGCCAGGCCACACACAGCGUUUGCUGGUGCUGCUGUUCGGUACAUUCCGCGUGAUCGCCAGCAACUCCGAGCGCGCCGACACCGGCAUGACGAGCGAAGCGCUGGGAGUCUCGGUGGCGCCCAGCUUCUUCCAGUCCUGCGUCAGCGACGGCAAGACGGCACGGAUGAAGGAUGUCCUACGGUUUAAGGCGGAAGUUCACGUGGCGACCAAAAUCAUGAAACAGAUGAUAGAACAAUUCACUGCCUGUGAUCUGUUCGGGCGCGUCAACUACGAGUAUUAUGCACGAGUGACCGGGCGUGUCCUGCGCGUCCAAGACGAAUGGAUAUGCUCGUUCCGCUAUCCACCACCGCCCCGGGGCAAAACGGCACAACAGCACUAUGCAUUAAAACUAGCUUUAGAGACCGAAAAAACCUGGCUGCAAUGUGAAUGCGAACGAUGGGGUCUAAUCGCCCAGGAAGAGUCGCACUCAACGCCGGCCCUGUUGACCACGGGCGGUCCGAACGUAGGUAACUCGGCUGUAUCUCUCGGCAUCAUUCCAGAGCACUCAUUGCUUGAAUCAUGCGCUCGGCUUUCUGUGUCGCUUGAAGGCCCGGGGAUAUUCAAUGUGCAAAAGUCCAGCUGCUCCUCGUCGUCCCAUUCGUCGUCGUCCAACACGCGGUCGGGAUCGCAGCAUCACAUGACGCUGGACGAACUGCGGGCCGUUAAUCGGUACGCGGAAAGUACCAAGAGCCUUUCCUACCUGCCGCAGGUGCACGAGCGGCAGGCGGCAAGGAUGCGAACCCGCUCGGAAUGGUUCCUCGGGGCGCGGGGCAGCUCGCUGGAGCUGUGCCACGACGGGCCCGGCUCGCUGAUACAUCCGCAGAUCGUCACCUCGACGCCGAUCCCGGGAGCGAUCGGGCACGGCCACCAUCAUGCGCACGGAAUAAUCGUGGGAAACGUCGGUUUGAGUGCAUCGGCCGAGUCGGUCCAUCAGUCGUCGGCCAAGCGGUCCAGCCGUCGGGGCGGCUCCCGGCACGGCCAUCUGCAUCGGUCGUCGUCCCGGCGCAACAAGGAGAACGGUUCCUCGCGCUCAAACAGCUUCCGCAACAAGGCGAACGGUGCCGGCAAGGGGGCGGCUAAUGCGAACCCAUCCACCACCACCAACAACAACAACAACAACAACCAGCACGGCACGGGCGACACCAUCAUCAACAACCACAGCCUGACGGUGGUCCAGACGGGCAACAGUAAUGCCGGCAGUGGCACUGGCGGUUCAACGGGCUCGAUGACGACGGCUGGCGGUCCGCUUGUGAGCGGGUCCGGGCGGGCGCGAAAGCAGCGCGCAGUUUCGUUCGAACAGACGUCCACGACGACCGCCGGUACGAUGACCACCUCGAGCUCGGUAUCGGGCGGAGCGGCCGGCAUGAACUGUUCCGUCACCGGGUGCAGCCUGAACCAUCAGGCGGGUGGUCAGGUCGGUCCCCGCGGUGGCGGUGUCGUCUGGCACGAGUACGCGUCGAAGUCGCUGGACGAAAAGAAGCUGCUCACCAAGCAGAACAAUGUGCCGGGCGAUGGUGGCGCGGAUGCGGGCGUAGAUGGCGGCCUCCCGGUCGGUCGGCGCAGCAUCGUGUCGGUGUGUGUGAACGAUAGGCAGCUGCCGGACAGUGACGAUGACUGGCCAAUGGUGGACCAAAGUCAGUCGGGCACGGGUGCUGCUGCUGCUGGACAGCUUCAUGCUCAACAACUGCAUCAUCAUCAUCAUCAUCACCACCACCUUCAUCAUCAUCAUCAUCAUUCGGCGAGCAGUGGCAAUGCAGGGACACCGGCAACGACAACGGCACCGGCAAGCACCACCAUGAGCUCGUUACUGCAUCACUUUAAACCGCCACGAAUAUGAUUCUAAGCAGGUCAUUUUCACCACGUUUGAAGUAACAUGUUGCUAUUUAAUGAAGAGUAUUCGAUUUUGUUUUCAAAGCGUGUAAGCAACGGGGAACGACAUUCGAAAGCAAUCGAACGAACCUACAGCAAAAAAGGGAAAAGAUCAUCCAUCGUUUACGUGAAUGUUGCUUUAGUUAGCCAAGACUAUGUAAAUUUUCUAUUGCGUAAAACUAAUUUAGGAUUUGAAAAGGGAGCUAUACGAGCGACGCCGAGAGCUAGGCUACGUUUUAGUUAAGAAUUGUACUAAGAAUCCGAUGCGAUAGAAUUAGCAACAUCGAAUAUGGGUGUGACAUCGGGUUGAGACUUUCGGUAGCCGCGCAGCAUCUUCACGCGGCUUGUUGGAGAAGAAUCUUAUGACAAACGAAAUUAUGUUCAUUUCUCAUCGCCGCCCCUCUUCUCGAAGCCUCGAAAAGCCAAACAUGCCAAAUAACGAAGAAGUAAUGCGUGUGACAAAAUCGUUUAAAAAACUGCAGACUGUUUGCAAAUUUAUUGACCGAAAGCACCGUAGUAGCAGUGAACACGGUUCAAAGGGGGACGUCUAUCCCGCGCAUGUAUCGUGGCAAAAGUAUUAUUGUAGAGUAGAGGAUCAGAAGAUCAAAAUCGGAACUCGGAGACGGAGUGUUUUUUUUUGAAGGAUUGACGCUUUCGUCUGUCGUAUUGCAGGAAAAGGCAAAAGCAAACAGUGCAUUCUUCUCGUACCCGCACGUCUAUUGGUAGGAGUAAAUUCGUAUCCACUAGAAAACCAGCACAGUGGAAAGCCAAUUUAAUGCGUUUUGCUGUAGCCCAUUGGGUGCAAUGCUUUUUCCUGCAUCGGGUAUCAUUUAAGCUCGUUAGUUCCCUGUAUUUCUGCUGACCGGCAUAUCGGUACAACGCAGCCGCGCAAAGCGUCACAAUCGUUUACAUGACGAAUGCUAGGAUUAAUUCUACCGUUAAGGUACACGUAUAUUUGUUCGUUUUAAACUUAAGAAAACGGUGCGUCGAAAAAGUAUAUUAUUUAUUUGAUAACAAAACAGUAAAACUAUGCAUGGUACAUUCCUAGACGAAAGAGAAGCUGUGGCGGAAGUAACAGCAAAGCAUACGAACGAACACAAGCCAGCAGAAGUAGCAGCAGCAGGUCGUGAACACGUGUCGGUGCGUUCGGUGUUUUAUACUUAAGAAAAACAAAACAAAACAAACAAACUUUUCUCAUUGACUUAUCCAAACGCGGAGAUCGCAUAUAUGAAAUAAUCGUGACGGCGUGAUGAAGAUACAUUGCUCAAUGGCAUCGCGUGACUAAAACCAGUGUCUCCUCUUUGAUAUUUGUAACGACGACAAAUCCAAGCUACAAAUAUCUACAUGCGCUAGGGUGAAACGGUUACGGAAAGCAUUAAAUUACCAUUGCUUAUAUAGCUGUUUGCUGUCAAUUGAUUUUGAUUGAAUUUUUAUACAGCUAUGACUACGUUUUCCGUAAUUGCUGGAAGGUCUAAAAUGGAUUAGGAGCUAAUUGCACAAACAUUUACGCCCAAAGAUCUAACUAAACGAAGGAAAAAAGGCUCUCUACAUGUCUACUUUUGCUACUUUUUUUAUUUUAAACAUCGAUAUCUUGAGCAGGAUAACUGAAUAAUAAAAGAGGAAAUUUUGUGUAGCCAUAAGCUGACAGAGAGUAGAAAAGAUUUGCAAUCCAAUGUAUAUUCCGGUGGCACUAACAUCACACUCAACCCUGAAGAAGAGCAGCACCAGCGCCAUCUAGCGGAAUAAAACGGUAAACUGAUAUCGAAACGCUUGAAUCUGGAUUGGGGUUUGUGUCUGGGAUAAAUUCAAAUGAAAUGUAUUACAAAAUUAUGUUUUUUACUUACUGGCAAUAUGCUUAUUACCAAACUAUUAAAAUCAUGAAUUUACCGUACAGUCUUUUAAAGUAAUUUUGGAUAAAUUCUAAACCAAUAAAUGUAGCCAAACAGAGCGAACAAAUUUUUGAGGUUAAAAAAACAAGCACAGAUAAAAGACACAUUUUUCAGGAAGCAUAUUACUACUAUAUUUAUUAACAGGUACAGCCGUAAAGCCUUUAUAUGUUUGUAAAAUCUUAAACAGUAUGUUGGUAGUACAUUUUCGGCCAAAACUGCGAAAUGUUACGUAUUUUAGAAGGACCACGAUUCGCGUUCGCUGCUGUGCAACCUAUUUGCGUAUUACUUUAACCAGUCUUCUUAUGAUAUUGUAAGCGACAAACGAUACCAAAACAAACAAAAACACAAAACGAACUUUUCAGUAAGGAGGGAAGCACACGAAACAAUCGAUCAGUUUGAUAAAUGUGAUGCAAUAUUGAACUCUGUGGACACGAAUCGAGAUAGAGCAAUUGUUAUAGAAACAAGAAGCUAUUUUCUGGCCUCUGUUUUUUUGGUGGUGAGCUAGCGAGAAAUGGAAAUUAUUUCGAAGGUUCGUGCAUAACAGAGCGUGCAGCGUGUCCUCACAAUUGAAAGAAUAGUUAGAUCUCUGGUUCUUAAGCAAUUGGAAUGUUUUAUGCGGCCACUCAACUAAUGCAUAUUUUGUAUCAAUUGUUUACACUAUUUAUGGCAAUCAGAUCCAUCACAACGUCUAUACAAACCACGCACGGCGGGGGUAAUGCGCUUACGCCUAUAGCGAUCGAAGUUGAGCCCAAAAGGGGACCGACAACGCACAACUCUACAAAAAGAAGAACAAAACGUAAUGAUCAAUCUUUCCUUACACGUUUACACUGUCGUCAUGCUGUGUUCAGAAAUUCACGCUUAGGUUUACUUUUACUCCGCGAUCGCGUAUGUCGAGCGCGACAAAUCCGAACGAGAGACGAUGUGUUCAAUGUACUAACACGUAGCACAAACUGAAUGGAAAAUCGUGGCAAAACAAAAGUGUUUAUGUGUGUUUAAAUGCGAUAAAUAUUCAUAAUUACUUUGAAUCUUUUGCAAUCGCGUUCAAUACAAUGCACAGAGACACAGACACACACAGAAAAAUGAAAGCAAACCAAUGCUUUAUCACAAGCGCUGGUGAUGAAGCUGUUGCAAAUGUCGAAAGGAAGCAAUCAUCGUCGAGCGUUGAGGUGGUUGAAGAAAGUGGAGGGAAGAAAAAACAAACAUCUACAGGAUAAUUACGGAAGAAGCAGUACUAAAAGAGCGGAGCGAUGAAACGGCGGAGACAGAUGGAGAAGAAAAAUACACAAAAUAAAUUUUAAAAACCCUUUACGAAUCGUCACAAAAAAGUAAUAAACAACAACCGUAUAUCGAACCCAGUUUAUUAAUCUAAGACUGAAAAAAAUGUAUGGAAAAUGAAA